GCACACUGAUCAUCAGUGCCCUGAUGAUCAGUGUACCCCCAUCAGUGCCAGUCAGCGUCACCCAUCAGUGCCAGUCAGUGCCACCUAACAGUGCCAGUCAGUGCUGCAUAUCAGUGUGCAUCAGUGCCGCCUAUCAGUGCCUGUCAGUGCUGCCAAUCAGUGCCAGUCAGUGCCACCUAUCAGUGCCAGUCAGUGCCAUAUAUGAGUGCUGCCUUUCAGUGCCCAUCAGCGAUGCCUGUCAAUGCCCAUCAGUGCCACCUACCAGUGCCUCCUCAUCAGUGCCUAUCAGUGUCCAUCAGUGCAGCAUAUCAGUGCCCAUCACUGCAGCCUCAUUAGCGCACAUCAGUGAAGGAGAAAAAAAUCACUUAUUUACAAAAUUUUAU